GUGCCUUGCCUGAAGGAGUUAUUUGUCACAUUCUCUCAUUUCUUCCAACAAAAGUUGCAGUUCAAACCUCUGUACUCUCAACAAAGUGGAGAAAGAUUUACACUUUGGUUUCUAGUAUAGAUUUAGAGUUUGGACUUUGGAUGAUGACAGAGAGGAGAUUGAUGCUGAAAAAUCAAAUAGGUUCUCAAAUUUUGUAGAUAGAGUGUUCUUCUUUCAUGAUAAACCAUCUAUAGUAAGUUUCCGUCUCAAGUGCUAUCAAUACGUCGAUCCUUUGCAUGUUGAUGGGUGGAUACGUGCUUUAAUGCAGCAUAGCAUUCAAGAGCUUGAUAUAUACAACCAUCAUUUUGCUUUUCUGGGUAUGCCCUUACCAGCUAGUGUAUUUUCUUGUGAGACAUUGGUGGUUUUGAAAGUGAAUUUAAAUUCGUCUUAUCAUGCUCUGAAAGUCCCAGCCAGAAUUUGUCUCCCAAAUCUUAAGGUUCUUCACAUGCAUGACUUUUCCUUUUCAAAUGAUGGUUCUGGUGAAAAACUGUUGUCAAGUUGCCCAGUUCUUGAGGAUUUGGUUUUGGGAUCCUGUGCUUUCAACAAUGAUCGUUCCGAAUUCAAAAUUUCUAAUUCUUCACUCAGGACACUAACCUUACAAGACUACUACACUGAACUUAGUGAUCAAUUUGUUCAGAUAAUGAUUUGUGCACCCAAUCUUUUAUUAUUUAAGUGCACCAGUGGGUUGCGACUUGAUGUCAUUCUAUGCAACUUGUCUUCACUGGAGGAUGCACAUAUUAAUGUUCGGGCAUAUGCACAUGAAGUUUGUCUAGUAUCUUACAGGGUACGGGUGCUAAAACUACUGCUUGGUAUCCAAGGUGUUAAGUCUCUUUUUCUAUCAAACCACACCAUUGAGGCCCUGUCAUAUGGAGGAAACCUUCAUGCCGAUCUUCCUACAUUUCAUAAUUUGAAGUCUUUGCAAGUGGAUUGGCCAUCUGUUGAGUACCCAAGGGAAUUUGAAGACACCAUUCAAACCCCAAAGGAACUAAUGGACAUUCUUCAAAAGACACCUAACUUAAAUUAUCUUGGGAUGAGAGAGGGACUUGAACCAGAUGCUCUCAGUCAGGAAAAGGUGAUUUUGAAUGCCGUUCCACAAUGCUUCAUCUCUUCCCUCAAAAGGCUUGACAUCGCAGCUUUUGACGGAACUGCAACAGAGGUUCCUUUCUUGAAAUAUUUGCUUGAGAAUGCGACUCUAUUGCAGAAAAUGUCAAUCUUUUGUACGGAGAAGCUUUCAGCAAACUUGGAGAAGCAAGAGGAGAUAAAAAAUGAAUUAGAACUGUUCUGUGCAGACACAACUAGUUGUGUAAUUGAGUUUUUGCCUUGGAAUAACUGGAAAUAUGUGCCGGUGCAUAAUUUUGUGCCGGUUUCUUUUUGAGUAAUUUUGCUUUUCUCUUAUUCUAUCAUAGAAAUGACCCCUGUUAUCUUGGAAACUACCCAUUUGAUGGUACUGGUGCAGUAUCUUUGCAAUGAAUUACUGUAAGAAAUAUGAGUUAUGGCC